UCUGUUGUAAAAGAUGCUGAUAAAUAUAGUCCUGAGAGAGUCAGAGCUCAUCUAGGUUUCUUCCUUUUAGAUGUGGCUCCUAACUGGAAAUAUUUCCCCUUUUUGAGGGGUAAGCCAGCACCAACACCCACAACCUAGUUUCUAUGAAGGACAGAUGCCCCACCUACUGAAAAAGUUCCUUAUUCUAUUGCUAUUGGCUGACACUGUUCAUAAAGUAUAAUUCACAGUUUCAUUUUGCUUUUUAAAGAGCAAGCUGAAUUACUUGGAGGAGGAAAGCAGCAGACAGAAGACACAAACGCUAAGUCACUUAAAAGAAAGAAACCUCAGUUGCACAUUUUAUUCUAGCUGAUCCUGAGGAGAUUAAAAAAGUACCCCUAGAAAAGGGGAAAAUUAAUUUUUGAAGUUCAGAAAGCACAAUCGUCUACAGAGUACUUGGGGGCAGCAUAGAUUUUUUAAGAAGAAUUGAGAAUCAAGAUUCAAAUGCAAAUGAUUCCGCAACCUUACUUAGAUCAGAAAUUGGGUUAAUAACAGAUAGCUCCAAUCUUCCUUAAUCAAGCAUGGAGAGAAAACUUAUGUAUUUGCCUCUAUCCACUUCCAUAUCAGAAAUGGAACCCAAUGACACCUUCAGCAAUAACAACAGCCACAAGGACUGCCUGAUUGAAAAAUUCAAGAGGGAUUUUUAUCCUGUUGUGUACCUGAUAAUAUUUGUCUGUGGAGCCUUGGGAAAUAGCUUUUCCAUCUAUGUUUUUCUGCAGCCUUAUAAGAAGUCUACAUCUGUAAAUGUUUUCAUGCUGAACCUGGCUAUUUCUGAUCUCUUGUUUAUAACCACACUGCCCUUCAGGGUUGACUAUUACCUCAGAGGCUCCAACUGGAUAUUUGGGGACCUGGCCUGCAGGAUUAUGUCUUACUCCAUGUAUGUCAACAUGUACAGCAGCAUCUAUUUCCUGACUGUGCUGAGUGUCAUGCGCUACCUGGCAACUGUCCACCCCUUCCGGCUCCUCCAUGUCACCAGCAUCAGAAGUGCCUGGGUCCUAUGUGGGAUCAUAUGGACCCUCAUCAUGGCUUCUUCAACAAUACUUCUGAAGAAUGGCUCUGAGCAGAAGGAAAAUGUCACAUCAUGCUUAGAGCUGAGCUUCAAUAAAAUUGCUAAACUGCAGAUCAUGAACUACAUCGCCUUGGUGGUGGGCUUCCUGCUGCCACUCUGCACGCUCAGCGUCUGCUACCUGCUGAUUAUCCGAGCCCUGCUGAAGGUGGAGGUCCCGGAGUCAGGGCUGCGGGUUUCUCACAGGAAGGCCCUCGUCACCAUCAUCAUUGCCUUGAUCAUCUUCCUCCUGUGUUUUCUGCCCUAUCAUGUCCUGAGAACCUUCCACCUGGUUGUGUGGGAAAUGGGCAAGUGCACAGACAGGCUGCAGAAAGCUGUGAUCGUCACACUGGCCUUGGCAGCUGCUAAUAGCUGCCUCAACCCUUUGCUUUAUUAUUUUGCUGGGGAGAAUUUUAAGGACAGACUAAGGUUUGCAUUCAGAAAAGGUCAUGUACAGACAACAAAGUGCGGUUUUCCUGUUUCGUGUGGUUAAAAAAGGAAAAAAGAAUGUAAGAGAUUAUUAAGUGAGGCUUGCUCUUACAUUUCACCACCUACUUUUAUUAAAACAUAGUUUCCAAAUGA